AGUCGGUUUCACUGUUUUUUUGUGGACGCAGAUAUUUCUUGAUACGACGAUAUUUCUUGUGUACGGAAUUUGUUAUUAUUUUUUUUGAACGAGGGGGGAAAAAAGAUCGUUUUGGGGUAAGCUCUGGCUUCGUGUGGACGUUGCCUGAGACCGGAGGGGUGGGAAAGUUGAGGGUGUGAGGAGUCAGGAACUCGGAACUUGGGCCAGCUGUAGAUCCGCUCCUCAGAUUAGCGAAUUCUGUUGUUUUAUUACAGAAUAGGAGUCUUGAAUUCAGUUUGGUCAAAUCCAUCCUAACAUUUGAUUUUAAUACUCAUCCAAAAACACUGAUGAUUUGUGUGUGUGUCUGAUUGAAUUCUUAUAAAGUUUAUAAUGCUCACAAAAUGAAUUAUAGAGCUCAUAACACUUUGCACAUUUUUGAUUAAAGAUCGGUCUUAUUCAUCUGAACACAUCAUAAGGUAACAUUAUAGGUGAGAGGUUAGGCAGGAUUUAAGUGUAAUAAAGGUCACAGAUCUCUGUGUUAUAGUUCAGGCAUGCUGAUUAUUGUCAAGUAUAGACAAUUUCACAAUAUUCAGUGCAUAUAAUCCAAAAAGCAUAAUAUAGCAAAUAUUAGUGCAAAGAUUUUGUUGAACAUAAACUUUGUGGCAAAAGUUAUAUAUUAUUUGGCCUGUUAUAUUAUAUUGUAUAUUAUACAUUUCUGGCCUGUUUUAACAUGCUAAAGAAAACUGCCGAUUCAUCACAGCAUGACACAUACCUGCUAAUCACACCAAUUCUUUCUUCUCAUGAAUUUAGAAAAAAAAAAACCUCCCAUACACAGCUGCUAUAAAUGUGCGAGUGCAUCAGUUGAGGAGAGUGCUUCAGAGAGAAAAUGGCUGUUGUCGAGUCACUGCUGCAGUUUUCCAGCACAGGUACAUUCCUGGGAGCUUUGCUGUUGCUUCUUGGUUUGUAUUUGCUUUCCUCUGGAUCCAAAUCUCAGAAAGAAGGGAAAGAGCCACCGGGACCCAAACCACUGCCACUGUUGGGGAACCUGCUGACCCUUGACCUCACGAGACCUUUUGACAGCUUUUGUGAGCUCUCCAAAACCUUCGGAAACAUAUUCCAAGUCUUUUUGGGUCCCCAAAAAACUGUGGUCUUAGUUGGAUACAAAACCAUCAAAGAAGCUCUAGUGAAUCAUGCAGAAGAGUUUGGCGACAGAGAUAUUGCACCUAGUUUCCGUAUAAUGAAUGACAAACAUGGGAUCAUCUUCUCCAAUGGAGAGAACUGGAAAGAAAUGCGACGCUUCGCUCUCAGCAACCUUCGCGACCUUGGGAUGGGCAAGAGAGGAAGUGAAGAGAAAAUCAUAGAGGAAAUUCAGUACCUGAAAGGAGAGUUAGAUAAGUUUGAAGAGAAACCCUUCGACACGACACGGCCUGUGAACUACGCUGUGUCAAACAUCAUCUCGUCUAUCGUGUAUGGCAGCAGAUUUGAAUAUACAGACCCUCGAUUCACCGAAAUGGUCAACAGAGCAAAUGAAAAUGUUCACUUUGCUGGAUCAACUUCUAUGAUGAUUUAUAAUAUAUUUCCAUGGUUGGGUCCUAUCCUAAAAAAUAAAAGGAUUAUUGAAAACAAUAUUGUGCAAAGUAGAAAACAUAUGACUAAGUUGUUCAAUGGACUUCUGGAGACUCUGAAUCCACAUGACCGCAGAGGAUUUGUUGAAUCCUUUCUCUCUCGCAAACAGAGUGACGAGAAAUCAGGCAAGAAGGAUUCAUACUUUCACAAGGACAAUCUUAUGAUGUCUGUGACAGAUCUGUUUGUCGCUGGUACUGACACCACAGGAAUGACUCUACGCUGGGGUUUAAUGUUUAUGGCCAAAUACCCUCAUAUACAGGCUCGAGUUCAGGAGGAGAUUGACAGAGUGAUCGGUGGACGUCAGCCAGUGGUGGAAGACAGAAAGAAAUUACCAUAUACAGAUGCUGUGAUUCAUGAAACCCAGAGACUGGCAAACAUAGUACCCUUGAAUCUCCCUCAUAUGACCAGCUGUGACGUUACCUUCAAUGGAUACUUCAUCAAGAAGGGCACCAAUGUAAUUCCUCUGCUGACGUCUGUUUUGAAGGAUCCAAGCGAAUGGGAAAAACCAAACAGCUUUUACCCAGAACACUUCAUUGAUGAGAAGGGCCAGUUUGUGAAGAGAGAUGCUUUCAUGCCCUUUUCUGCAGGCCGCAGGAUGUGUCUUGGAGAGAGUUUGGCCAGGAUGGAGCUCUUCUUGUUCUUCACUUCCCUCCUUCAGAGCUACCGCUUCACAACUGCACCUGGAGUGUCUGGAGAUGAGCUGGAUCUCAAAGGAGUAGUCGGAAUAACGUUGAAUCCGUCUCCACACAAGCUGUGUGCGAUCAGACGCUCCUGAAUGAAGAAAAUAUGAGAAAACAGAAACAAAACAUCUCACCACUGUUUAGAAUGAUUUGGGUGUUUUUGGACUGGUGGUAACUAGAGUUGGGAAUUGGUAGAAAUUUUCUGGUUCCUGUUCUGCCUAAUGGUUCCGAUUCCAUUAUAAAAGUGUUAAGGAAAAAUGCACAAUACUGUUUAUUACUCACUGUCAACUUAAGUUUGGCAAUGUUGAAAUUCAACAUAUAUUUUAGUAUAUGUAUCUUCAUAAGUAGGGUUGGGUAAUGUUAUAAACUUUCCAGUUCUGAUUCCAUUUAAAUUAACUUUUUUUUUUUUACUAUUUUACUUUUCAUUGAAUUGUAGUGUUGCUGGAAGGUAGGCUAGUAAGUAAUGUUGAGUAAUGCUAGUCCAUCAAUCAGCAUGUGUUUUAAAGUUGAUGUAAUUUACACUAUCAAUAACAUUUAGCUUUUCAAGCAGGAAUAAGACAUUAGACACUUGUUCAUUUUCUUAAAUUAAUAAAUAUAAACUGUUAUAUACUUAAAGUAACCGUGUCUACACACACUCCAAAAAGCCCAUAUUUUACAAAUAAUAAUAAUGCAGUUAGGAGCUGGUGUGAAGCAAUGAGUGGUUUCCAAAUUUUUUUAACAUUUAAAAUUCAUGAAAAUAAAUAUUUUCUAUCACUUUGUUUAGCACUCUUGAAAUGACCUGAACAUUAAAUAAUCUACCCCUCAUGCUUGCAUAACAAUAGCAAUCUAUUUAUUUAAUGGUCCAAGUUAAAGUCUGUGACAAUAUGUGGCAAAUAUAAUGUAUUUUAAUGGCGGCAGGUGCUGUGCGAUACAUGCACAGUCAGACAAAACAACGUGCACGGUUAUCAAGGCACAAGUGAGAGUACAGUCGUGGUGGGAAACGAGCUGCUCUAUAGUUAUUGGAAUCAAUGUGCUCAGUAAUUAAAGAGGCAGGCUGUACACAGCGCUUGGUCACGUGUUACACCAGAACCGUUUUCGGAACCAACACUUCGAAAUUGCUCAUGGUUCUCGGUUCCCAACCCUAGUGGUAACUUACCUAUUCUUCUGAUUAAAUUUAUGUAAAUGAGGAGAGAUGUGUGUGAAAACACGUUUUGUGAAACAUAUUGAGGCUGGCCGUUAUAUUAUAAAUCGGUGAAGAAUGUUGUUACUGAUUGUUUAAACAAAUUAAAAAUUUACAGUAUUCUAAUUUUAUAGGUUAUUUAAAUAAAGUCUAAUAGCGACCUUCCCACUUUAUAAAAGGCAGUAUGAAAGCAGCCAAGGACUACAAUGACCUUUUAUUGAAAAAUGUAGCUUGGUAGACGUUUCUGCUGAUAAUUAGAACAUGUUUAUCUUUAAAUAUACUUUAAUUGACAACUGUCCAUAAAUUCAUUAACUGUUAUUUUUGGUGUACAUUUUUAUUUUUAUUUUGUUUUUUGUUUUUUGACUCACGUGUUUUACCUCAUAAAUAAAAUAAUUUGUGAAAA